AUGGCUCUCAGUUUCAAUGAUGGAGACUCACUGUUCAACUUUGUUGUACAAGACGGUAAUGGUGUCAAAGGCCUGGUGGACUCGGGCCUAGCCAAGCCACCCAUUGACUUAUCAUUGCUGGAUGGGCCUAAUCAUGACCAAGUCGUGGUGGCCAUUGUUAAAGCAGCCGAGACUUUAGGGUUCUUCCAAGUGGUGAACCACGGCGUGCCUGUGGAACUGCUAGAGUCAGUUAAGAAUGCAGCACACCGGUUCUUUGCCCAGCGGCCAGAGAAGAAGGCAAUUUAUCUCAGAGGAUUGAGCCCGAGCCCAUUUGUUAAGUAUGGGACCAGUUUUGUGCCUGAGAAAGAGAAGGCCUUGGAAUGGAAGGACUAUCUGAGCAUGAUGUACACCAAUGAUGUGGACGCCCUUGAAUAUUGGCCUAAUCAAUGCAAGUAA